AUGGGCAAGCUACGAGACUGGCUUCGUGGCGACGGCGACCGCCCGCGCUGGUCGAGGCUGCAGUACGCCGUCGCCGCGUGCGCCGAAGACUUACAGGACGAGCUUCAGGACGAGUGGAACGAUUGGACGCCAGACAAGUUCGCGGGGUACGAAUCAGGGGACGAGUUCGACUCGUGCAGCGAGUGGGACGACGGCGAGGCCGUCGACCGCGGCUGGGAGUGGCUCGGCUGGUCGCCGACCGACCGCGAGGCAGACGGGCACGGUGACGGAGACGAGAGUGAGGACGAAGGGCCACUGGACGAUUCAACCUACGGCGCAUGCGACUAUCCCCGCCUCACAGACGACCGUCGGCUGCAAGACAUGAUCGACGCCACACCGUGCGUCGUGACCAGAUUCCUGAUCGCGCAUGGGAAGCAGUUGGCAAUGCAGGAGGACGUUUACGGAGACGGGUUUGAUGACGGGUUUGAAUGGGGCCAGAAGUCCGCACAGGAGGCGGGCCCGAGCGAGGCGCAGGAGGUGGGCCACAGCGAGCAGCGGGCCAAGCGCCAGUGCCACUUCUUCAAGCGGGGGACGUGCCGGAACGGCGACGCCUGCCGUUUCGGGCACUCCUAG